AAAAGGAAAAGGAAGAGGAGAAUGGAGGAGGCUGAUAGUGAACUAAAAUCAAACCUGGCUAAUGAUCAGGAGCCCGAAGAUGAUUGUGAGAAAUCCAACGGGAAAAUCACAGAAGAAGUUAACUUUGCAGAUAAUGAAAAGAAGAGAAAGAUAUUCUUUGAGGAUGACAAAAUGGGUGAGGCAGCUAAGAGAUUUCAAUGCUCUGAAGACAGCGACGUUGACAACAAUGGAGAAGGGGAUAAAAAGAAAAUGAAGAAGAAAGAGAAGAGAGAAAAGGUAGAUGGUGAAUGGGUACAGAAGAUCAUAAUUGAUGGAAAGGAGGCUGGAGUAGAAAGUGAGCACUCAGAUGGGAAAAUUAUGGAGAAGGGUGGAAUCAUGAAGAAAGAGAAAAGAAACCAUAGAAAGAAGUCAGGAAGUCAAAUGCGGGAAACUGUGGUUGAGAAACUGGGCACAGAAAGCAGUAGAAUUGAAGGAAAUAAUUUCUUAGAGAAUGACGGUAAUGUACAGACAACUGGAGAUGAGACAAGCAACAGUAACAUAGAGGUUGUGGCUCCAAAUCUUUCUGAAAAAUCUACACCUAGAAAACCAUCAAAAAGAGUAAGUUUUUCUGAUGAUGUGCAGGUCUUUCCCCAAUGUGAUGCCCCAAAAGAUGCAGAAAAUGGCUUAGUACAAGGUAAGCGGUUUUCAGAAGAAGAAGACAAGCUUGUAAAAGAGGCUGUUUUAACAUACAUAGAGGAACAUCGCUUAGGUGAUGAAGGCAUCGACAAGGUACUCAAUUGUAGAUCCAAUCCCCAAGUCAAAAAUUGUUGGAAGGAUAUUGGGGCAGCCUUACCCUGGAGGCCUUCUAAGAGCAUAUAUUAUCGAGCUCAUAUUUUAUUUGAACGAGGAAAGGAACGUAAUUGGACCCCUGAAGAGUAUGAAGAAGUAAGACGUGCCGCCAUGGAAUCUAAGGAUAAAGGUGAAGCCAAACCCAAUUGGAGAAAGGUGGGUAAUGAACUGGGCAAACAUAGAAUUCAUGUCAAGGAUGCAUGGCGUAGAAUCAAACUGCCAAACAUGAAGAAAGGACAUUGGUCCCAAGAGGAGUACAAGACUUUAUUUGAUUUAGUGAAUAAGGAUCUGCAGAUGAGGGCGUUGGAAGAAAAGAAAUCCAAGCAUGGCAUGCUGCGAGAUAAUAUCAAGUGGGAGUCAAUUAGUGAGACUUUAGGCACCAGAACCAAUCCCGCUUGCUGCCAGAAGUGGUAUUACCAAUUAACAUCACCUUUGGUAGCUGAAGGUGUGUGGGCUGAUGCUGAUGACUAUCGCCUACUUUAUGCUCUUGAUAGCUUGGAUGCUUGUUGCAUGGAAGACGUUGAUUGGGAUAAUGUUCUUGAGCACAGGUCUGGAGAUGUUUGUCGUAAGCGAUGGAAUCAAAUGGUCAAACACAUUGGUCAGUAUGGGACUAAGUCCUUUGCUGAAAAAGUUGAAAUUUUGUCGAAACGUUAUUGUGCUGAUGCACUUGAAGCAAGAGCAGUCUUCGAUAGUAAGCCUGCAGUUGACUCAGGUUUAUUUGGCAUCAAAGUAGCGGAUGUACUUGAAACAAGGGAGGAGGCUCUAUUAUAGUAGCAAACCUGUAGUUGAGUGAUGAGGUGUAUUUGGUAUCAAGCUGGCUGUCUUUUCUUCUUUUCAUUUUUCCUUUUCCUUUUUACGUUUUGUAUGAAAGAUGAAAGGUUAGUGUUGAAGAACAGAUCUUCUGUUUUUUUUACUUUUCUCCCAGCCGUCGGUUCUUUCUUCUUUCUCUCCAUCUCUGUCUUCCUUGGCUUCUUCUUUUUUUCUUCUUUUUUUCUUCUCUCCAUCUUUUUCUUCUUCCUCCCUAUACACCACGCCGCGAAGCCCACAGCCGCCUGUCUGUCUCAUCCUCUGCCAACAAAGUCAGUUUCAUUAAAUAAUUGUGAAAUCCCACACCACUUGUAAUUAUUCAAGUUUGUCUCAAAUAAAAGAUAUAUGUUCAUGGCA